GAAGAAGAAGAAGAAGAAGAAGAAGAAGAAGAAGAAGAAGAAGAAGAAGAAGAAGAAGAAGAAGAAGAAGAAGAAGAAGAAGAAGAAGAAGAAGAAGAAGAAGAAGAAGAAGAAGAAGAAGAAGAAGAAGAAGAAGAAGAAGAAGAAGAAGAAGAAGAAGAAGAAGAAGAAGAAGAAGAAGAAGAAGAAGAAGAAGAAGAAGAAGAAGAAGAAGAAGAAGAAGAAGAAGAAGAAGAAGAAGAAGAAGAAGAAGAAGAAGAAGAAGAAGAAGAAGAAGAAGAAGAAGAAGAAGAAGAAGAAGAAGAAGAAGAAGAAGAAGAAGAAGAAGAAGAAGAAGAAGAAGAAGAAGAAGAAGAAGAAGAAGAAGAAGAAGAAGAAGAAGAAGAAGAAGAAGAAGAAGAAGAAGAAGAAGAAGAAGAAGAAGAAGAAGAAGAAGAAGAAGAAGAAGAAGAAGAAGAAGAAGAAGAAGAAGAAGAAGAAGAAGAAGAAGAAGAAGAAGAAGAAGAAGAAGAAGAAGAAGAAGAAGAAGAAGAAGAAGAAGAAGAAGAAGAAGACGAGGACGAAGACGAGGACGAAGAAAAAGAAGAAGAAGAAGAAGAAGAAGAAGAAGAAGAAGAAGAAGAAGAAGAAGAAGAAAAA